GCGCCGCGACGCUGGCCCCUGCCGUCCGGAGGAUGACGGCGGCGCCGCGACACUGCCCCCUGUCGCCCGGAGGUUGACGGCGGCGCCGCGACACUGCCCCCUGUCGCCCGGAGGAUGACGGCAGGCGGGUGACUGAAUAAGGCAGCCCUCGACACGGCAACAAAUCAGUGGGAGAAAUAACUCAAGGAGGAGCAAAGUGAACAGGGUCAGGAAUGCCGGUGAGUUUGCUGACUUGCAGCGAUGGUUGAGCGUGGACUGAGGGAGCGGGUCAGACACCGGGAUACCGGAACACCAACCGGCGACCUCGGGUGAAGCGAGCCCGCCGUAUCCGUGAUGGAGAAGGGCCGUAGAAAUAGAUUCAGUCGUCCCACCUCUUCAGUGUGUUGGCGGCAUUGAGGAGCUGAGGUUGCAACCUGAUCUCUCUCGGGUGGUUCCCCAAAUUCCCGGGAUUGGAAGCCAUCUGGUCGGACAGUCAAGACGAGACCACACCGACGGGGAAAAACACGCGUUACUGAGAUGAAACAGACCCUCUGGCAAACCAGGAAGUCACUCAGCUCUGGAUCUAUAAAGGAGGCUUGAUUUUCCUGCUGCUUGAUGCUGCCACUUCCUUAAAUCUUGACUUCUCACCUAACCAUCUUGCAGAAGAAGUCUAUAAAUGGAUUUGCUGCAAAUGAGGGGUCUCCUCCUGACCAUCUUUGCUGCCUGUAUUGGUGGUACCUUCCAGUCUGGGUUGAACCUGACGAUCAUUAACACACCAACAACCUUUAUUCAAAUGUUCAUCAAUGAAACCUGGAUCGAGCGUUACGGCAAACCUCUGGAAAGUGCAGUAAUCACAUUGCUCUGGACUAUCAUCAUAACUGCCUUCUGUGUUGGAGGAUUGAUUGGUGCACUUAUUGCUGGACCCAUGGCCAUAACCUGUGGCAGGAGGAAUUCGCUGCUACUGAGCAAUAUUUUUGUGCUCAUUGGUUCUUUGCUGGUGGGACUGAGCAAGACGGCCAAAUCCUUUGAAAUGAUUUUAAUCGGGAGAUUUUUUACUGGAAUAAGCUCAGGUGUGGGACAUAAUAUCAUCCCCAUGUACCUCGGUGAAAGUGCACCAAAGAAGAUCCGAGGCAUAGUGGCCUUGUCAUAUGCUCCGUUCACUGCAGCGGGUUUAGUGACUGGACAGACUUUAGGCCUUAGUGAGGUACUGGGCAGAGAAGAAACAUGGCCCAUCCUGUUGUCAGCCUCUGCAGUACCAGCUCUAAUCCAGCUCGCCAUUCUCCCAUGGUGCCCAGAAAGUCCCAGGUACUUGCUGAUCGACAGGGACGACAAGGAUAUGUGCAUGAAGGCGCUAAAACAACUGCGUGGCAAUGCCAACCUGACGUCAGAAAUAGAUGAAAUGUUGGAAGAGCAAUCUGUACUUAAAGGUGAAAAUGCCAAGAAAAUAUGGGAUAUGUUCAUGGACCGUAGUGUCCGAAGGCAGUUGAUGAUCACCAUCGUGCUGAGCUCUGCCGUACAGUUAUGUGGGAAUGACGCUAUGUACUACUAUGCUGCAUAUCUGUUUCGUGCUGUGGGAAUUUCUGAUGAAAACGUCCCGUAUGUCACUAUCGGAACUGGGUGCUGUGAGCUUGUUGCUGUAUUGACAAGUAAUCUGUUCAUUGACCGAGCUGGGCGCAGGCUGCUGCUUAUGGGAGGUUAUGGUCUGAUGGUUAUCUGUGGAAUAUUUUUCACCAUCUCAUUGGCUCUUCAAGACAAGAUUAGCUGGAUGCCAUAUAUGAGUGUAAUUUCCAUCUUUGCGUCCAUCUUAAGCUUUGGAAUUGGCCCAGCAGGGGUAACUGGGAUCAUUCCGAUGGAGAUCUUUGACCAGACCGCAAGGCCUGCAGCAUAUAUGAUCAAUGGACUCCUUUUUUGGAUAAAUUAUAUUAUUAUUGGGUUAACGUUCCCAUUUAUCGUUGAGGGGCUGGGCAGUUUCUGCUAUGUGCCAUUCCUUUCCCUUAGCUGCUGCUUUGUUGUCUUUAUUGGAGUCUUCCUGCCCGAAACAAAAGGAAAGACCUUUCUUGAAAUUUCCAAGGAGUUUCGUAAGCAAAAUUUCAGAGGGCUCAAGUAGACCAAGUGAAGAUAAAGCAACAAAACUACGUUAAAGCCUGUCAAAACAAAAAUAACCAAGGAAUCCUUUCUUAAAAUAAGGAUUUAAACGUUCAGGACGAGAGAGAAGAAAAUUCAUCAUCUGGAGGCUGGUGAAUCUUAGCAAGUCUCUGCUAAUGUGCUUCUGUGGAGGCUGAUUUGGUGCAUAUGUUACUCAGGGCCACUUUGUGAGGUACCUCCUACUCCUAAUAAAGUGGCCACUGAGUGUAUGUUCUGCUGCUGUAGCCAUGCUCUUCAAGGUUUGACAAGUUUUGUGUACUGAGAUGCUCUUCUGCACUGUUGUAGUGCAUGAUUGUUGUCACCUUCCAGUCAGCUUGACCAAGCCUGGCCAUUCUCCUCUCACCUCUUCCAUUAACAAGGCGUUUUCACCCACAAAGCUGCUGCUCACUGGGUGUUUUUGUGUUUUCUUUCACACCAUUCUCUGUAAACUCUCGAGCCUGUGUGUGAAAACCCCAGGAGAUCAGCAGUUCCUGAGCUGCUCAAACCGCCAGGUCUGGCACCAACAAACAUUCCACAAUCAAAGCCACUCUGAUCACGUUUCUUCCCUAUGCUGAUGUUCAGUCUGAACUUUAUUGCCAUGUCUCCAUGCUUUAAGCACUGAGUUGCUGCUACAUGAUUGGCUGAUUGGAUGUUUAUGUUAAUGAGCAAAUGUGCCUAAUCCAGUGGCCACUGAGUGUACUUGUGGUGAAGGUUGAUUGAUUUUAGGGAUUUAGAGUUAGCAUGAGAAAAUAGUACUGAGUGGACAGAUUAGCCUUAAUAUUUAAUAGUGAGGUGUCUCUGGGCUACUUCUGUUUCUGAUGUCCAGUUAAAUACUGGUGCAUAAUAUUUGGUCAGGCGACAUUUGUGAGUUAGAAAGAGAGAGGUUGCUUAUGAACUGAAACAUUAGCUCAGUUUUUUUUUAACCUAACCUGCUGAGUGUUUCCAGCAGGUUAGGUAGUUUCUUACUCUGCAUUUAAACAAUAUUCUUCCAUAUGCUUUUUUUCUGCCAUCAUGCAGUGUGGGGUAGAGCAGCUGAUCUUUGCUGUUAGUUUUCUCCGUCACUGGGCAGGGAACCUACAGCAGAAAUAGUUGUUGAUAAUCCAGGUCACAUGUUCAAGUAUCUGCAGAUUCAUUCAUUAAACUGAUCAAUAGAACCAACAAUUUACUGAGCUCAUGCUUAUACCUUUAUGAGAAAUAAUUUCCCCAACUUUAGGCAGCCCCUAGGUUUUGUAUGUUUUUCCAUUCCUGACAACUGUAAGCCAGUUUCUCUGUACCUGAGAAAUACUCAUUUCCCACUGCUGCCCAUAUCAAAUCGCUCUACAUAUAAUUUCUAAAAUUCAUUCAUUUCAUUGUAUACUCACUCUCAUAAGUAAACUAAUUGAAUAUACAUGUAUCCAGUUAUUCACAAGUACCACAGAACAUUAUUAUGCUAUCUAGAUAAAUGUUUUACAGAUGUACACCACAUUUCCACAGAUCAGGCCAUCCAUAACCUGGGAGCCUCUGUAGCUUUCGAACUUAAUGACAGGAAAUGCUGGAAGUACUGAUCUGGUUACAAGGUGAAUCCAAAGUCAUGAAGGACUUCUUGACAAUGAUGGAUACUAAUCAAGAACCUAUCAACCUCUGCUUUAAACAUACAAACAACCUAGUUCCACAACCAUCUGUGGCAAUGAAUUCCACAGAUUCACCACUCUCUGGCUAAACUUUUUCACCCAGAGAGUUGUGGAUCUGUGGAAUGCUCUGCCUCAGAAGGCAGUGGAGGCCAAUUCUCUGGAUGCUUUCAAGAAAGAGUUAGAUUGAGCUCUUAAAGAUAGAGACAAGGGAUAUGGGGAGAGGGCAGGAACGGGGUACUGAUUGUGGAUGAUCAGCCAUGAUCACAGUGAAUGGUGGUGCUAGCUCAAAGGGCCAAAUGGCCUACUCCUGCACCUAUUGUCUAAAUAAAUUCCUCCUCUCUGGUCUAAAGGAACAUCCUUGUAUUCUGAGGCUGUGCACUGUGGUUACAGUGUCUCCAGCUAUUGGAAGUUCUCUCUCCGUGUCCACUCUAUACUGGCCUUUCAAUAUUCAAUAGGCUUCAAUGAGAUCACUCUACCUUCUAAACUCAGCAAAUACAGUCCCAUGAAUCCACGACAUGCUAGCUGGGAGCAUCUGUAGUUGAAUAGCUUGGAAACCACCGGCCACAGCUCAGCUCAAUUCACAUUGAUCUGCGAUUCUGAUACUUCUGGGAUGCUGGAAGAAUCUGUAUGACAGCAGGAAAACCAAUUGCUUCACAACAAUCAAAUGUUGACAUUGAAAACACUAAUUCAUUCUCUCCAAAUGUACGGACAUUUAUAUGGAGAACAGUACAUGCACAGUUUAAAAUACCAAUAAAGCUGGAUAAUUAUAUAUACAUUUUAAAUUAUAUAAGUUAAGCACACUCUAGUCUUCCUUGUGUUCUUUAAAGCAUAGAAGCUGAAUCAUAAAUUAGGAGACACAAGUGCGUGAGAAAGAAUCUCUAGCAGUGCUGUACAUAUAGAUAAUCUGAAUGAAAAGUGGCAUUUAGUAAAUAAGCCAAUCUUAAAUAAGCACUGAAACAUGCUGGAAUUGUGAAGCUGAAGAUGUAAUUUUUUGACUUUUGUCUCCUUCCUGAUUUAUACCAAUUGCUAUUAAGAGCCUACCACAUGAAUCAAUAUUCUCAAUGCCUGCAUCAAUAAAUUAUUGAAGUGCCUGUUGAAGUAAUUGUAACAUUAAAUUAUUUAGAGUAUAAUUUCUGAAAGGUUGCAUAUAAAGCCAAUCUUUGAACAAUGAACAUAUCAACUGAACAGUGUAAAAUUAAGGAAUAUUUGUUAAAGUUACAUUCCCUUGUAACGAUGCCCCGCAUUGGUAUUAUAAUACAUCAGUUACAGUAAAGUUGGGUUUUCUUUCCAA